CUUCUUAUUAAAAAUACGAAACACACUAUGCAUUUAACAGAGACAAAUAAAUGUGUAUUUAACAUUUCUAAUGUGGAUGUGAUAUUCAUUAGACGUGAAUCCACAUGAAUAUUUAUAAUUUUUCCUUGUAUAUUUUUGUAACAAUUUUCUUAUCCACGUGCACGGAAAUUGGUCAACAGGUCAUCGAAAUGUCAAGGCCGAAAAUUUGGAGAUCUCUUCUUGAACGGAUGUGCGUUGUCCGGAAAGAUCAUUUUCAUUAAUUAACGAAUGAUAUUCAUUCAAGAGACCACGAAGAGAUGAUCCGGUAUAUCCUUGACUCUAAUGUUUCUCGCGGCCGCGAAUUACGCAGGUAUAGGUGGGGAAGGUAAGGUUCUUGAGGAAGGGAGCCCGAAGAACAAAACGGAUUGUAACGAUUCGGCGACGAAGUUAUCGCGGAACCACCGUGUCACUCGGUUCUCGAAACGUUGGCAUAAAGCAUCGACAACCGCGAAGACAACCCCGGCGAGAUGCGUGUGCCCAUAACGUCGAUGAUCCUCAUGAUGUCGUUUCUGAUUACACAGGCCUUCACCGAUAUAAUCGCGUGGCGCGAAACAAGGAGGGAGGGACCGAUACGAGAUGCGAUCGAGAGCGGUGCCGCCGCCGAAUACAAUAAGGACGAUUGCGUCUGGAGGCGUGGAAACGACCGGGAUGUCUGUCCGGAUCCGGAUGUGCACAUGUAUCUGUAUACGGUGGGCCGACCGCGACGACUGUUGGAUCCCUUGGAACAAUCCGACUGGCUGCGACUGGAUUAUGAGCCCACCAAGAAUAACGUGAUCCUAAUUCACGGAUAUGCAGGUGGUGACGACAUGUUGCCGAUCGCGAUAUUGCGUGACGCUUACCUGAGAAACGGUAGCUACAAUGUGUUUUUCGUUGACUGGGGUGCAUUAUGUGCCCGACCGUGUUAUCCGGCCGCGGUGGCGAAUAUACGACCGGUAGCGAGGUGUCUCGCCGGCACUCUGACGACUUUACGAAAUCUUGGCCUGCCGAUCUCCAGGACCACCUGCGUUGGGCAUUCCUUGGGCGCACAUGUUUGUGGCAUUAUGGCUAAUUAUCUUCUCUUCAGAAUGCACAGGAUAAUCGGGUUGGAUCCUGCGCGUCCGCUUCUCCGACCAGGUCUGGUGAACCGUCUAGACGCCGGUGACGCCGAUUUCGUCGAGGUGAUACACACCAAUGCCGGGUACUACGGCGAGGUUGGUCGCGUCGGCCACGUGGACUUUUGCGUGAAUGGCGGGAAAAUACAGCCUUUUUGUGCCGACCGGGAGAUGUAUCAGCUGUGCAGCCAUGUGUGGGCAGUCUGCUUCAUGGCGCAGAGCGUGAACGAUGGCGCGAGCAUGAUCGCGGAGUCCUGCUCCAGGAGAUGUCCGUCGGGUCCAAGGAUCGCCGCCAGAGCGGGAGAAUACCUGAUAAUGGGACAGCACACUCCGACCAAUGCCAGAGGAUCCUUCUGCUACAGCAAUUCCUAUCCGCCGUACUGUCCUAAAUACUGGAACGGUCACGGCGACGAGAGAUGCUGCAUCUCAGAAGUAACGAGCAAUGAGGAGAUAGAAGAGAACAGUGUAAAGUACGACAACUCAACGAAACACUUUAAAUCGGCGAGGCGAUCAAACUUCGAUUUUGACGUAACACAACUCCGAUGCAUUAAUUCAAGCAGACUUAUCGGAGGAAUUAUAUGUUAUUAAUAACAUUAAAUUUAAUAAGUAAAUUAAAUGAAAUUGUUAUAUUUGCAGAAGCUCUGUGAGAUAUGGUAUGGCAAUUUAAAGGUAUUAUUAAUUUAAUAUCAUUUUUUUAUUAGAUAUUGUCUCUUGAACGAGCACUCUGAAGAAAAAAAAAGAUAUUCUUAUUAAAUUUAUACAAUUUACAUAUAGAGAUUUGAUUGCUUGCCACAAAAAUGCACGAAAAUGAACUCUAUAUUUGCGAAUAAGAUUGGCACAAGAUUUCAGAUUUUUUUGGCUUCUAUCAGAAAGGAAGAAAUUUUUUAAAUCCAUCUUACGCAGUUUAGAAAACUAUUUCAUAGUAUUUUCAUAGUAAUUUGCAUGUUGAUAGACGAGUGAGAUCUGUACGUUUACCUAUUGGAAGAAGAUACAUAAACCGAUUUGAGUAUGCGAGGUCGCCGAUUACGUAUUCGUAUUGCACGUGCGGCACGGUGCGGCACGUUCCGGAAAAAUCCCGCGUUCGUAAUACACCUGGCGAUCCAUACCGUUAUAUGCUCCACUGCCGGCGAACGUGUCCGCGACAAUAAUGAGCGAUUGAUCGAUCGAUAGAUUUAGAAAGAUUUUAUAAAAUUUCUCGUAUCUCAAAAGACAGAAUUUAUAAACAAUAUUAAAUUAUUUACUCCACAAAAAAUUAAAAAAAAGAUUGUUGGAGUAAAAUUUACAUCAAAAGAUUAAAAAGAAAAUUAAAGCUUACAGAAGGACAUAAGUUUUGUUAAUAAGGAGCUACUCUGCGUAGAACUCCUUCUUUCCAAAAUGGCUUAGAUCAUACCUUUCUAAUUUUAGGCAUAAACGAUAGUUUAAAAUAUAUAUUACGGUAUACACGUUAUUUAUCGAAGUAGAAAAUAUGUAUCGUAUUAAAUUCUUAGCCCGUUUACAAUCCUAAUUUUUUAACUAUAAAUUUAAAUGAUUUAAAUGAUAUUGCAAUAAAACCGAUUAAGCCGCCUAAUAUAAUAUUUUCUACUGUAACAAUGAAGUUUACAAUGUCAAGAAGAAGCGUGAUGUAAAUCUUAAAAUUAAUAAAAAUUACUAUAUUUUGCUGUAGUUUUAAAUAACUUUUGAACGUUAGAUUUAAAUAAA